AUGGCGACGCAACCUCUCAACGACCGACCUUCGUCGCCUCAGGACAAGGUUGCGGUCAACCAAAUGGAGCACGUCCUUACCACCGAAGACCCCGCCCUCAUGAAGCAACCGGUCAUUGAGAAGGUUGACGAGUUUGGGGCUCACACAAAGACGGACCCCAAAGAAAUUGCGCUUGUCAAAAAGAUCGACUGGUAUAUUCUACCCAUUCUCUGGGUCAUGUACUUCCUUAAUUUCCUCGACAGAAACGCCAUGAUUAAUGGAAAGCUGGAUGGCCUUGACGAGGAUCUUGGUUUAAAGGGCACUCAAUACAACACUUGCGUCUCCAUCCUCUUCGUCGGAUACCUUUGUGGCCAAGUCCCCUCCAAUAUGAUUCUUAACAGAGUCCGUCCCUCUUUGUACAUGGCUGGUAACAUGAUUCCACGACUACAUGGGAGAGGUUGA